UUUUCUCCGCCUUAGUCUUUUAAGUCCAGAUCGCUCUGGUUCCCUAAACUUGACUGCCAAGUUCCUUGCUUUUCGGGAUGUAUUCCCAAAGCCUGCGCGAGUGAUUCCUAGAGAGUGGAAGCUUCUUGAGGGCAGACACUUAAGAAAAAAACAGCCGUAUGCCCAGGGCAGAGCCUGGAGUAGAUUUUUAACAUUAUUUUAAAGCUAGUUUUCAACAUGCAUUUUUGUAGGAUUUUGAGGUCCAAAUUUUUCCUGUCUCCCGAAAAAAAUAGCAAUCUGAUAUAGGCUAUAUAAUCAUUGUAAACAUAUUUCCAUAAGUUAUUGUGAAAGAAAGCAAAAUCAGAACAAAGGGAAAGCCAAAGAACGAAAGAAAAGAAAGAGGAAAAUACUAUGUUUCAUUCGCAUUUAGUCUCCCUAGUUCUUUCUCUGGAUGGGGACGAUGACAUUUUCCAUACCAAGUUCUUUGGCAUGAUCUAUCACUGUAUUGCUGAGAAGAGCAAAGUCUAUCACAGUUGAUCCUCACACAAUCUUGCUGGUAUUGUGCACAAUGCUCCCUCUCUCCCUCCCUCCCUCUCUUCCUUCCUCUCUUCCUUCCUUAGGACCAUGCCUUAAACCCAAACACCCUGGUUCUCAUUGGCCAAUAAUAGGAUCAGCUCAAGACUCAUUUCGUCAUUUUUUGGGUUCUGAUUGCUCAGAGUGAGUGUAGAUAGCAAUUAUUUCUAUUUUAGCCAGAAAUCCUGAGGGUCUUCCCCUCCUGGACUGAUUUUUUUUUUUUUUGGGGGGUAAUUAGGUAAAAGAGGCCAUUUGAUUGCCUCAUUUCUGAUCUAAUCUUAAUCAUUGAAUGGGUGUUGUUUCAGACAAACUGAGACACAGGUAAGACUUCAGUUUAAAAAAGGCCAAGCUCUCUCAUUACAUCCCAUCUUUAGUCAUGCUUAUCUAUAUCUUGCCACUGGGUCCAAAUGACUCUGUAAGAGAGAGUUUGCACAACCCUCAUUUAAUUCCAGUUCACUUGCAAGUCAUGACAUUACCUUUCUGAUAUCAUGAUCCUCUUUGAGAAUGAAGAACAAACAAUUCCACAUGACCUAGUCCGCAUCCCACCUCAGCUACACAUAAAGACGAUCAUACCUAUUGAUCUUGCUUUCACCCACAGAACAUUCAUGAAUGCUGAAAUUCCCUUAUUAUAAUCUAUUAUCAUUCCACCUCUCUUCAUUCUGCCAUGUAACCCCAAACCCUGUUCUUCCACGUUGUGACCUUUAAUACCAUCCUUCAAUUUUUUUUUUUUUUAAAGUGACUUGCCCAGGACACACAGCUAGUAAAUGCCUGAGGUCAGAUUUGAACUUAAGGCUGACUUCAGUGCUAGUGCUCUAUCCACCGAUUCACAGGGCUGCCUCCCCCCUCCUCCUAUUAUUACCCCUUGGCUCUUUACCAGGCCAUCAUUCUUGCACUGGCUACUCUCUCUUCCCUUCACCAUCUUGGUGCUUUAGUGAACCAGUUUAACUUUACACCAUCCUCUUCUCUUACGUCCCUUGUCCCCUUACCAUAUCAUUUUGCCCUGUUGAGCCUUAGCGGUGGAUCCCUUUCUCCAAUCCAUUGCCUUCACUUCUAGUAAUGAACUGCUGAACAAAUUUAGCAAAAAUCUCCAAACUGAGCUGACCGGGCCCACUAUAUAUUUGUUAUAUAACCUCAACUGGGUCCUCAUCAUGGCAGGGCUUUUUACACUUCCCUAAUGAGCUCACAUGUAAGUUCUUUUCAUCCCUUCUCAAACAUCCCAUGGCUCCCCCUUCCCCACACUCUCAUGCCUAAGAAUCUUGCUUCAUGACCCACAUGUGCAAAAAUGUUUGUAGCAGCCCUUUUUCUAGUGGCAAGGAACUGGAAAUUGUGUGGCUGUCCAUCAGUUGGAGAAUGGCUGAAUCAAUUCUGGUAUAUGAAUGUAAUGGAAUAUUAAUGUUCUAUAAGAAAUCAUCAGGCUGAUUUCAGAGAGUCUCUCCAGUCUCUCCUGGAGAGACUUACAUAAGCUGGCUGAUGCUGAGUGAAGUGAAUAGAACUAAGAAAACAUUGUACAUUGCAGCAGCAACACUGUAUGAUGAUGGACUUGGCUCUUUUUAACAAUGAGGUGAUUCAAGACAGUUCCAAUAGACUUGUGAUGGAAAGAGCCAUCUGCAGCUAGAGAAAAUUAUGGGGAUCAAAACAUAGUAUUUUCUUUUGUUGUUAUUUUGGGCUUUGUUUUUUUGUUGUUUGCUUGUGUUUUUUCCCCUUUUGAUCUGAUUUUUUUUUCCCAUGCAGCAUGACAAAUAUGGAAAUAUGUUUAGAAAAAUUGCACAUAUUUAACUUAUAUCAGAUUGCUUGCUGUUUUGGGGAGGGAGGAGGGAAGGAGAGAGGGAGAAAAAUUUGGAAUAUGAGGUUUUGAAGAAGUGAAUGUUGAUAACUAUCAUUGCAUGUAUUUUGAAAAAUAAAAUACUAUUAAAAUGAAAAAAAAAAUCAGCCCCCAAAAAAGAAUCUUGCCUCAUUUAUUACUAAAAAAAAAAAAAAAAAAAAAUGAGGCCAUUUGCUGAGAGCUCUUGUUCUCUCCUGUCCUCUAGAUGCCUCCUACUGAUAGCUCUCCCUUCACUUGUUUCAUUUGAAAAGGUGAUUCUUCUCUUUAUUAGGGCAAACAUAUAGAUACAUGUAGAAAUAUUUCCAGUUCCAUCCUUCCUUCUUACUUACCUUCAAUCUUGUCUUUCCUUAUUUUUUUCCCUUGAGGCAAUUGGAGUUAAGUGACUUGCCCAAAGUCACAGUGUUAACUGCCUGAGGCUGGAUUUGAACUCAAGUUCUGAGGCCAGGAGUGGUGCUCUAUCUAUUUCCACCUCUAGCUUCCCCCAAUCUUGUCUACUGGCUCCUCCUGCCUACAAAACAUGACCUCCAUUUUCAGACACUAUUUCUUGAUCUAUUUAAUCCUGCUAGCCAGCUCUAGCCUCUAAUGAUUAUUUCUAAUUCUGGGAAAUAGUUGUCUACAAGUUGUCUCAAUAGAUUGUGACCCUCUUGAGGAUAGGUACUAUUUUUCUGCCUUCCUUUUUAUCUCCAGUGCUUAACAGAGUGCCCAAAACUUCUUAAUUGAUGAGUCAAGGCCAAAAGUGUUUAUAAAGACCUCCUCUGUUCCAGGCACUGAGGCAGAUAGCACAAUGACUAUUAUCAGCUCAAUUUUUCCAUCUUGCUCAGGAUCAAACAACCCUCUAAGUUCAGGACUCCAUCCCAAGUUUCAGAGUGGAGGACUCUGGGGCUCGAUAGCUUCAGGGGGUUCCUUGGAAAACCAGCUUCUGGGCUUUAUAAUGGGAGCAACACUUUGUUUUUGAGGGAGUAGGGUUUCGCUUGCCCCUUAAGUAUGGAGGUUUCCUUAUUGUUAGAGCUUGGGAAGUUAUUUUCUGGAUGGUAAGCAUGAGGUCUAGAAAAAGAAAGGGAUUUACUCAAAUUAUAGUUAAUAGAGAGAGGGAAGAAGACUUACUGGAAAGAAAGAGGAGGAACAACCAGGACCUGAGUUUAAAUCUAGCUUUAGACACUUGUCACUAAUUAGCUGUGUGACUUUGGGCAUGGCAUUUAAUCCUGAUUGCCUUGCCCCACCUCCCCCCCCCAAAAAAAAAGAAUAAAGGAGAUGGGAUAAAGGGGGGCCAAGGGAGGGAAAGACAAUUGGAAGAGGAAAGAUGAAAUGGAGGGAAGAAGGGUGGAGGGAAAAUGAAGGAAGGGAACUUCUGGAGGUGUAGGGUCAGAGGAGAUUGAGAGACUCAAUGGCCUGUGAUGUGGGACAAAAUUCUAGUAGUAGGAUCUCAGAGAAGAAGAGGAAAAAUUAAGACAGUUCUACAUUGACCCUUCAUUUUCCAUUCAGAUGAGGCAGCCACUGAUGAACUUUGGAGCUCUUUCUGGGAGACCUUCAUUUUGUUUGGAACCCACAUCCAAAUCUCACAGCUAGGCUGGAGAAUAAACAGGGGAGAGCUAAAACUAUUUUCCUCUACUGGGAACUCUUGGGCUUGAGAUUUCAAUUCCUGGGUGUGUGUGUGUGUGCUCCCAACCUUCCCACAUGGCCUUGAAACCCUGGUCUCCUUAGACCUUGGAUUUUCUCAUGUCUCAAGCCAUUUUAGAUUCUGUUUGUUGUUGGUUUAUUUUUAUAAUAGAUUUUUAUUUUUUAAAAUACAUGUAAAGAUAAUUUUCAACAUUCACCUUUACAAAACCUUGUGUUUCGUAUUUUCUAUCCUCCUCACCACCUCUCCCUUUGCCUAGACAGCAAAUAAUCCAAUAUAGGAUAAACAUGUGCAACACUUUUAAACAUAUUUCUACAUUUAUCAUGCUACACAAGAAAAAAUAGAUCAAAAAGGAAAAAAAAAACCAAGUGAAUAAUAACAACAAAAGGGAUCCACAUUCAGUUCUCAUAAUCUUCUCUCUGAAUACAGAUAGCUCUCUAUCACAAGUCUAUUGGAAUUGAUCAAUAAAUCACCUCAUUGUUGAGGAGAGCCAAGUCCAUUAGAAUUGAUCAUGGAAUAAUCUUCUUGUUGUGUACAAUGUUCUCUUAGUUCUCUCUUCACUUUGCAUCAGCUCAUAUUAGUCUCUCCAGGCCUUUCUAAACAGAUUGUGUUUUUUUAGAUCCGAUGUCAUCCCAAAUCUUGGGUCCUGCUGAAUCCAAACUCCAAAGUUCCUGGGCCUCCUUGCCUCCAGCACUGGCUAUACUUUUAAGGGGAAAGAAUUAGCAAAUCUGCUCCAACCUAGAGGUUCAGGAAGCCAAGGGGGGGCUUGGUAUGAUGGGCAGUAAAGUCUUUUUCGGGCUUAAUCAUUCUUCCCUCUUGGUCAUCAUGAACUGGGAGGCAAAUUCAGACUUGGGCAGGUAGGCAGCACUGCUGGGAUUACGCAAGAAACCUCCAGAGGCAAGUAGCUCAGGGCGCACUCCUUCAUAAAAUGGUUGCAGCAGCCGGGUUAUAAAGUACAUAGGGGUAAUCUUGAGGUGUCCAUCUUCUAGACUUUUCUGCCCCAAUCCUAUUAUAUUGCUCUUACUACACAGAAAAGGGAGAGAAUUUGAUUUAAGAGGAGAGAACUAGGAGUAACAGGAAGAAUUCAAAGGCAAAUUUUGGUUUUUAACCAAACAUCACCUGAAAAUGGAAUAUGUCCAAAGAGAAUGAGUUCCUCUGUCAUUGGAAGUCUCAGUCAUUGAUUGAUUGUUAGUCAGUCACUAUUUCAUUAACGGUGGAGGGACUCUAGAUCCUUGAUCUAGCCAGCUUCCCAUUUUACAGGUAAAGGCUCUGAGGCUCAGAGGUAUUCUGAGAAAGCUUAGAUGAUCCUGCACUAGAUGGAAUUACUGAACAGGGUGAGAGGUUGGAUUCAACACUACCCUAGGAUUCUGCAGGAAGGAAGCUUCCCUUGCCUUGAGCCCCUCCAGGACAGGAGUCCCAAACCCUGAGGGGUAUAAAUAAUCUAAGCUCUUAAGCCUUACAGAAGUGGGGUCUUACCUUAUAAAGAAACCCAUUCAGUGCUGAGGCAGUUCUGAUUACACAAGGCCUGUCCUUCCUUCCUUUGCUCUCCACUUCUCCUUGGUACCCAAGGGCUUGGAAGCAGUUGGGGAGGGGUUCCCAUAUGGGGGGGGGGUCUGCCCUCUCCAACUUUAGUGGAUUUCUAUGACUAGAUAAGGAUAUGGGGAGGAUGUAGGGGAGCCAACUGUAGAAAGGUUGAGGGGCUAUGCUCCCUGCGGAUGAAAGAGGCCACCAGAGGGCAGCCUUCACCGUUGCUAUUCUCACAGCUGGGAACAGGGGCCAGGGAGUUUGGGGAAAUGGGGGAGGCUGGGAGCACUGGGAUAGCAGUGUUCUCACGGCCUCUGGGCUCCUCACCUGAGUGUGAGAUGGGGGAGGGUAGCGGGUCAAGCCCAGCAGCCCAGGAUCUCACCGGGCCCUCCACCAGCAUCUCUUCCUCUUCCUGCCUACCAGCCACUGGCCAGGGUCUUGGCUUUGGGCUUUGCCCAAGAUCUUAUCAGGAGCAAGUGACAGAACCCAGAUUUGGACCCAGGACCUUAGACCCCAAAGCCAGAGUCCUUUCCUCUGCACCCUACGCUCUCCACGCCUCUCAUGUUCUGCAGUUUCGGACCACACACUUAGAAGUGGUUCUGGGAAUAAGAGAGAACUCGGUGGGGAGCAAAGUGUGGGAGUGGGCACAAGCUAAUUUGUUCUUCUCCCCUCCUGUGGGGCUUCCCGUGGAGAAAGGUCUAUUUAGAGCAAGUUUCUGGGCCUCACACAGCAGAAACACCUAGACAGCAGGGUCAGUUGCUUUGAACCCUGAGCCCAGGACCCAGCCCGAACGAUAGCAGCAGAAGCCAUCGACAGAAGCUUAGGACUGAUGACUGGGAAGAUGUCGGUUAGACAGCUCAUAGCUUUCCUCAGCCUAAUGACUGGGGUCUGGUCCAGCCCCCCAGCAUCCAACAUGUCGGCUCCAGUGCUUGGGCCCUUACCUUCCAAGGUUUCCCAGGAGUCCAGCAUUUACUUCCCACCUCCAGGGAUGGGCUCUGGAGAUGGACCAGGGAUGCUGGUGGAAAAUGCCCAGAUCUCCCCCUCCCCUGCCACCAUUUCCCACAGCUGGGAGACCUUUCUGGGCUUGCAAGUGGGAGAAGAAUCGUGGGAGCCGCUCCAUCCUGGCAAGCAGGAACUUCAAGAUGCUUCAGGCCUGAGCCUCCAGCUGGGGAGGCCACAGGAAGAGGAAGAGAUGUCUGCUGUGUCCCUUCCCCUCAGUGCCCAGGAAGUGGCUCGGGAGACAUGCAAGGCUGUGCCCUUCACCCAGGUGGUCUCCCGGCCCGGCUGCACCUCCAUCCGCCUCCGGAACAAGUUUUGCUUCGGCCGAUGCAGCUCCUUCUACAUCCCCAGCGCUGGGCUCGGCAGGCCCCACCUCUGCAACAGCUGCCUGCCCUCUCGCCGUCACCGAGUGCCGGUGGUCCUCUGGUGCCGGGGGGUCGGCAAGCCCUUCUGGCACAAGCGGCGGAAAGUGUCCACCUCGGUGGUGGAGGCCUGUCAGUGCCAGACACACGUGUGAGCAGCAACGCCUCGAGAACAAGUUGACGCCUACUGGAUGCUCCCACUCGCAGACGUGCUUUCCAGAUGACCCCUAGUGGCCUUCUCUGGCCUGUGCUGAGCCUCCUGGGCUUCCUUUUCUCUCAUCCUCCUAACGAUGGUCCCCGGCCUGAUAUAAUCCAGACCAGCAGGCCCAAUGGUUCUAGGAAUCUUGGGCCAGAGAGUGGAUAGUUAUUGAGAGUUAGGUUGCCUAUAAAAACAUAAAGAAUCUGCCUGAUUGAAACUA